CAUCGCGCUACAAAGCCAACCGGGAAGUUGAGGCAAGUGGCGGAGCCUGCUGGAGAAUAACCGAAUGUUUCACUAGCUCGCCCGGCCCCAGCGCACAUUAGACGGCUUCAAGCGGUUGUUUUUUGGGAGGACAUUGUGAUCACAUUCAGCGGCUUCGUCUCUUGGCUGACAUUCGAAAGGAAACGUCCGGAGAAAGUGACAUGGCAAGUCGAGGCGGAGCUACCCGACCCAAUGGUCCCAACGGCGGCAACAAGAUCUGCCAGUUCAAGCUGGUCCUGCUGGGGGAGUCGGCGGUGGGGAAGUCCAGUCUGGUGCUCCGCUUCGUCAAAGGACAGUUUCACGAAUUCCAGGAGAGCACGAUUGGAGCCGCCUUCCUGACCCAGACGGUAUGCUUGGAUGACACGACGGUCAAGUUCGAAAUUUGGGACACAGCCGGCCAGGAGCGCUACCACAGUCUGGCUCCCAUGUACUACCGAGGCGCUCAGGCCGCCAUCGUGGUCUACGACAUCACCAAUGAGGAGUCGUUUGUACGAGCAAAGAACUGGGUGAAGGAGCUCCAGAGACAAGCCAGUCCAAACAUAGUCAUCGCCCUGGCCGGGAACAAAGCCGACCUGGCCAACAAGCGAGCGCUCGACUUCCAGGACGCUCAGUCGUACGCCGAUGACAACAGUCUGCUCUUCAUGGAGACGUCAGCAAAGACCUCCAUGAACGUCAAUGAGAUAUUCAUGGCCAUAGCCAAGAAGCUCCCCAAGAAUGAGCCUCAAGCGGCCGGUGGCGGCGGUGGGCGGAACCGGGGCGUGGACCUGACAGAGACGGCCCAAGCCAACAGCCGCAAAUGCUGCAGUAACUAAGACCCCCAACGCACGCACGCACACAGACACACACACACACACACACACACACACACACACACACACAUUGGGCUCCUCAGCUUCCUGACGUCAAACCUUGGUCUUCACCUCUCCCUCCUGGAAUAGCGAAAGACUUUGUAUAGCUGCAUUUCUAAAACCUUUUCUCUUUUUUUUUGUUGACGUUCCUCUUCCUUUUUUUUUUUUUUUUUAUUUUUUUAAGAAGAGUGUGUCAGUAUAAUGGAUGCAUGUUAGCACUACAACACCUGGAGAAAACUUAAACCCCCCCCCCCACCGUCAAAAGACCAGCCUGCCAGCGUGAGGGCGGCCCCUCCCUGAGAUGUCACGGCCUGAACUUUGGAAAUGAGUUCUGCUAUCAUGACGCCUUCGCACGCCAACAAGAUGCUUCCUGUUGUGUCCCAGCCCAGCACGGUUUGUCAGCGUCGUCACCGUGUGGCUCAUUAGCUAGCGCGGCAUGGGAGGGUGUGGGGCGGGGCAGGGCAGAGCUUUGGAGCGCAAAGACCCAACCGGGGGGAGAGUUUUUUUUGUUUUUGGAGGUCAUCUAUGAUGAAGUGAUGUUGAACAUCCCGCUCUGCGACGUCGUCGUCCGGAGGAAAGAGUCGUGAGUUUGGAUUUUGGACGGUCAACACCACAAACGACCACAGGGCUCGUGUGGCUGCCGGCAAGCUCGCCAAGAGAUUCCGAACAAUUGUACAGUCCUAAAGGGAGGGUCCUUGUUGCUUUCUGUUUUUUUUUAUAUUCACUUCUUGUCUCCAAAACUGGUCAAAGCGUAAAGCUGUGGUGGGCUUCUUUUUCUUUUUUCUGUGUAGUGUUAUUAACACAAAAAACCUUCUCUGGUGUCACGUUGGGAAGGAACUUUGACUUGCAUUGCACAGUGUUGAUCAUGUCUUCAUUUUAUAUGAGCGAGUUCUUGCUGUGACCCGCUAACUCUCAGCUCCGUCACGGCAAAGUGGAUUUUAACCCUGGAACAACACGACUGUGAUGAUGGACUGGUCACCUGCAACUUAAUAAAUUCAAUUAAGAAGCUUCUUGGACGUCCCCCUACCCCCCACUCUGGCUGUGUGACGUCAUCAUGUGUUGCUCUCCCAGUGAUGGCCGCGCGGGGGCAGUAGUGCACCGUGACCCCUCCGGGCGAUCCAAAUAUCAACUUCAUUGAUUUAUCACACGAGUGGCAGCCCCAUGCUAACAUCAAAUAUCUAUAAUGGAAUAAAUGUUACACUUGUCUUAAAAUCUUAAGUGCUCGUAUGUGACAUGUCCACGCAGGCUUUGACCUUGGGGAGGUCAACACGAGCGCCAUCCUUAUUGGAGCAACAGCUGUGCCGUUUGAAGACAUUUCCUCUGUGCUCGUUGGGUCGGGGGGGGGGGGGUGACACAAGCUGCAGAGGAAGCAGUUACAACGGGGCAGCCACCUGGAGAUGCUGCAUGAGCUUCAUGGAGGAUGUGUGAGCGACAGCGAAGGUCACACCUCCAAAUAGAACUCGUGACCCCUGGAUCACGUUCACCGGGACACUGAAAGAGGCAGUAGUACUGAUAACAUGUCCCAGUUGGUGCACGUGCACAGGCAGUCAUAAAAAAAAAAAGAAUAACGAGAAAUAAAAAUGUGCCCAUUGAGCUGUUGUAUUUAGGAUUUAAACACAUUUUGAAAGAAAGAAAAUCAUUUUAUUAUUUUGCUGUUACUUGGUAUUGAGCAACCUGUAUUGGCAUUUCAAAAGAUAAAUACUCCAACGGAGUGACUCCCCAGUAGGAAAGUUGAAGUAACGGUACCUGACGAGCACCCCCGUCGCGGUGGAAACAGUAGUGAACAACAAUGUCAUCUAUGUGUUUAAAAAUAAAGGAUAUUUUAGCGGGCGAUCCAAAUGUUGGCGAUAACACUCUGUCAGAUGUGUUUAAAGUCACAAGUGUAUCAUUAAAAAGGAGAGAAGAAAGCUUGUAAAUAUUGCAGUCCAUUCACGGUGAGUGCAACAACAGUAGUGGAUUUGGUGCAGCUGCCUCUUUUUAGCUGGAAUUUUAUCUUGACCACGCGUCGACUAAAGAAAAAGAUGUGUGCUCAUGGCUCACGUGAAGAUUAUUUUUCAACAAACAGAAGCAGGCCUCAUUUUGGCCUGGGAUCUUGUAGGUGAGGUACGAACGUAGACGAACUGGUAAAUUGAGAGCCUUGCCAGGAAGCUGAGCAAUCAGCAGUGAAUGAAUGAAAAUCCAUUUUUAUGGCAAACGCUUGUUAAAUACGAGUUCACUCUCUGCUGUGGCAUCUGUCAGCAGGCAAGAGAUCAGAUCAGCUUCUGGAAGGUUCUGCUAGGAGAUUGGAAUCUUGCAGCUACACCUCCACCUCAUGACUCACUCAUCCACACGUUUAAGACGUCUUCUGCUGGCACAUUUUGAUUUAGCGGCAGCAUCUGACACGAUGGUUGUGAUGACUUUACAGGCAGCAAGUCGUAUUGUCCGUCUCCUCUUCUGUCUGCCUACACGAGAUCUUCAUUGUUCUCUGCCGUUUUUCAAGCGUGAGAAGCUCUCCAAAAGACCUGCUUGACUUCCUGUGUGUUACUGCACACUAAGUGUAAACGUGAGCAAAUGAGGCCUGAUUGUUUGUGUGCUUACUGAAAGGAGCAUUUGGAGAUGGAGCGAGACAACACAAAGCAUCACUUUGGAUUGCUCCUUUAGGUGACGGGCGGCGGGAAAUCAACAAUGUGUGGAAAUAAAACGCCUUUUUGCAUUAUGGCUUUUGCAGAGUGGACCCAUAAAAAAAACCCCAAAAACAACAAAAAAAUGUGGUUUUCAUGACGUCUUUGUCGUACAACAAUCCAGAUGUUUCCGUGGGUUGUGGUUUUAGAAGUCAACUGCUGGAGUUUGAAUGCUGCUAAUGCUAAUUGUCUUUCAUAAUGCUAAUGUCUUUAACACUGCUAUGAACAUCAUUUUGUACCCGAUUCCCCCUUCCAACCAAAGUCAGCAAGGGCCCAGUUUAAGAUGAUUUGGUGUGUCAUAGAAGAUUUGUUUUCCCCCUCAGUAGCGGCCAUUUGGACUGAUCUUUCAAGGCACACAGAAUAUUGUGUUGAUUGGUUAUAUAAACAUAACCUACCAAAAGAAACAUUACACUCCCAUCUUUCAUCAGGAAGAAGAAGUUUGUUUCUACCUUUUGGUGGAUGAAAAGCUGAAAGGAUAAAGUCCCAGUAAUGUUUCCGUGUGGAUAGCCCUUAGGGUUAGAGUUGGGGGUUUGGGUUAUGGAUGGGGCUCACUUUUGGUUAGGAUUUGGUAAUGGAUGGGGCUGAGUCAAGAUUACGGUUAGCUUUAGGGUUAGGUUUUGUGUUGGGUUAGUGUUUUUUACUUAUUUUCAUAUCGAUAUCACUUUUUAACUACAUCCAUUUUCUAUGCGGCUAUGCGGCUAGCCCUCACUAGGGUCAUGGUUACUUUUUAACUCGUACUUCUAAUGUUAGACCCGUACUUGGACUUGAGCAAAAUGUCCUGUGUGUUUAUCUAUUAGCACUGAUGACACUUUGACCUCCACCAAACAUUUCGAGACUCAGCAUUUUAGAAAUGUUUUCUGUGUCAGACAGAAUUCCCGUGUUAAAACACUGAAGUUACUUGAAUUUCGACGCACGGUGAGGAUUUGUUUGCAAUCAAGUGACUCCAAAGGUCUUGCUCUCAUUGUGACAUUCUCAGGAGAACAACGCUGAGAGCCUAAAAUAACUCUGGAGUCAAAAGUUGAAUGCACAAACGCACAAGAGCAUCAACCCACGCAUGGACGUAAGAGCAACUGCAUUUUAUGUCAGCAGCUACAAAAUGGGGGUGCAUCAGUGUAAUGUGUCCCACGUCCGAUCAAGAGACCUGCUGAAGUACUUUUAACUCUUGCUAGGUGGUAGCAUGAUAACUGUUAGCAUGUGAGCUAUUUUACUCAUGUCAAAAUGCAAAUACUUACAUGGCAUGACGUAGGAACAUUAUAGAACUACCUAGACCGUUAUCUCCCUAGGUGGUAGCAUGCAACUGUUAGCAGGUAAGCAUUUUAACCAUUUCAUUUAUUUAAAUAAUAUAAAAAUACUCUGUGGUCUGACGAGACAAAAGUUGCACUUUUUGGAAGGUGUGUGUCCCAUUACAUCUGGCGUAAAAGUAACACCGCAUUUCAUACCAACAGUAAAACGUGGUGGUAGUGUGAUGGUCUGGGGGACCUGGAAGACUUGCUGUGAUGAAUGGAAGCAUGAAUUGUGCUGAAGGAGAAUGUUGGUGACCUCAAGCUGAAAGCAACUUGGGUUCUGCAGCAGGACAAUGAUCCAAAACACACCAGCAAGUCCACCUCUGAAUGGCUGAAGACUUUAGAGUGGUCUAGUCCAAGUCCUGACCUGAAUCCUAUUGAGAUGCUGUGGCAUGACCUUAAAAAGGAAAAGCCUCCAAUGUGGCUGAAUGACAACAAUUGUGCAAAAUUCCUCCCCAGCGCUGGAAGAGACUCAUUGCAAGUUAUCACAAACGCUUGAUUGCAGUUGUUGCUGCUAAGGGGGGCCAACCACUUAUUAGCUUUAAGGGGCCAUCGCCUUUUUUUUCACUUUUUUUGGAUGUUAUUCUCCCUUAAUAAUAAAAAGUUUAAUUUAAAAAGUGCAUAAAGUGUUGAGUUGUGUUGUCAUUGACUAAUAUUUACAUUUGUUUGAUGAUCUGAAACAUUCAAGUGUGACAAACAAGCAAAAAAAAAAAUAAAUGAGGAAGGGGCAACACUUUUUUCACACCACUUUAGAUGCUCCUAACACCUUUCAGUACUUAGUGCCAUCUUGCAAAGUGAUAACAUGGUAGCUGUUAGCAUUGUUAGCAUUCACGUUUCCCAGGUGUUCGGGUUAGGUAGCGAGACCAUUUCAAAUU